CUUAUACAUUUGAAAGAGUCGUUCACUUAUCAGUUACUUCUUCUCGUUUGCCAUGGAGGCACUGUUCCAGGGUUCUUAUCUCUUAACCAAACCUCCAAAAACCGCUACCAUGCCAAAUUCUCUCAGGUUCAACUUCACAUCCCGCUCCACCAGUUACUUUUCUUCUUCAGGGAAGUUUUCUGUUCAGAAUAAACCCAGAUCAUUAUCACUAGUUACCAAUGCUACUAAGAAAGAUAAGAAAGAAGAUAGCCAUAGCUUUGCACCCAAAUUGAAUGAAGUCACUGGGUUCUUCCCUGAAUCUGUUCUUCUUAAAAAGAAGGAAGUUGAGGUAGAUGGUAAACUUCUUCCGGAGUUUGAAGAUGAAGAUGAAAGAGAACUAUACGAAUCGUUGGCACUUGAAGUGGAAACUGCUAUGGAUGUUGAAUUAUUGCGCCACUACGAGAUUGUUUACUUAAUUCAUGAGCAGCAUGAAGAAGAGGUUACAUCUGUCAAUGAGAAAAUUCAAGACUUUUUGAGAGAGAAGAAAGGAACAGUGUGGAGAUUUAGCGAUUGGGGUAUGAGAAGGCUGGCUUACAAAAUACAGAAAGCUAAUAACGCACACUACAUUUUGAUGAACUUUGAGUUGGAUGCGAAAUACAUCAACGACUUCAAGACUUUGUUGGACAAAGAUGAAAGAGUCAUUCGACAUCUUUUGGUACAGAAGGACGAAGCAAUCACUGAAGAUUGCCCUCCCCCUCCCGAGUUUAGCACACUUGAUGAUGAAGACGGAGAAGAUGAUGAUGAACUUGAUGAUGAAUGGGAUGAUGACGAUGAAGAUGAAGAAGAGGAAGAAGAAGAGGAAGAGGAAGAGGAAGAGGAAGAGGAAGAGGACUAUGAUGACGAUGACGGAGUAAUCAUCGUAGACGAUGAUGAUUUGGGAUUGUUAGAGAGCGAAAUAUUAAAACAAUGAGGAUUGAGAAUGUAGGUAGGUAGAUAGAUUUUUUCCUUUGCCUUGAGUUUUUGUUCCUUUGUUUUCGUAGGAAUAUAAAGCACUUUUUCGACUCUACAUGAAUGAAGAUCAUAAUUAUUUUCA